AUGGUGGAUGCAGAAAACCAGUUUUUCCCCUUAGAGGAGGAUGAUCUCGGAAGCCCCUUAUCUAGAGAGUUCCUACAAGACAUGGAAAACAUACAGGGCAUCUCGUCUAUUGGUGAUGAUAGCCCUGGAGCAUUCAGCGUAACAGAGCUCCAGUCUUUGGGAAAUGGUCCAGGAUCUGAUGGAUCAGUCAUUACAGAUACCCUUUCACCAGCAUCAAGUCCUUCAUCCAUUAAUUUUGCCACAAUUCCAGGUAGCAUAGAUGAGUCACCCAGUGGAGCAUUAAACAUUGAAUGUAGAAUUUGUGGGGACAAAGCCUCAGGCUUCCAUUAUGGAGUACAUGCUUGUGAAGGUUGUAAGGGAUUUUUUAGGAGAACAAUUCGACUUAAACUCAUCUAUGAUAAAUGUGAUCGUACCUGCAAAAUACAGAAAAAAAAUCGUAAUAAGUGCCAAUACUGUCGUUUUCAAAAGUGCCUUUCAGUUGGAAUGUCACAUAAUGCAAUUCGGUUUGGACGAAUGCCAAGGUCUGAGAAGGCAAAGUUGAAAGCAGAAAUUCUAACAGGUGAACAAGAUGUGGAAGAUUCAGAAAUGGCAGAUCUUAAAUCUCUUGCCAAGAGAAUUUAUGAGGCCUAUUUGAAAAACUUCAAUAUGAACAAGAUCAAAGCCAGAGUCAUCCUUGCAGGGAAAACCAAUAACAAUCCACCAUUUGUUAUACAUGACAUGGAAACACUGUGUAUGGCAGAGAAGACUCUCGUGGCAAAACUGGUAGCCAAUGGAAUCCAGAACAAGGAAGCAGAAGUUCGAAUCUUCCAUUGUUGCCAGUGUACAUCUGUAGAGACUGUAACAGAACUUACUGAAUUUGCCAAAUCUAUCCCUGGCUUCUCAAAUCUUGAUUUGAAUGAUCAAGUGACUCUGUUAAAAUAUGGAGUUUAUGAAGCCAUUUUUGCCAUGCUAGCUUCUGUAAUGAACAAAGAUGGGAUGCUAGUAGCCUAUGGAAACGGCUUUAUAACUCGGGAGUUCCUGAAAAGCCUAAGAAAACCAUUUUGUGAUAUUAUGGAGCCGAAGUUUGAUUUUGCAAUGAAAUUCAAUGCACUGGAGCUGGAUGAUAGUGACAUUUCGCUUUUUGUGGCUGCUAUCAUUUGCUGUGGAGAUCGCCCUGGUCUUGUAAAUGUAGAAUACAUUGAAAAGAUGCAGGAGGGCAUUGUGCAUGUACUAAAACUUCACUUGCAAAACAACCAUCCUGAUGACAUCUUCCUCUUCCCAAAACUCCUCCAGAAAAUGGCGGACCUCCGACAGCUUGUCACAGAGCAUGCUCAACUUGUUCAGAUAAUCAAAAAGACUGAAUCUGAUGCACUCUUGCAUCCUUUAUUACAAGAAAUCUACAGCGAUAUGUAUUAAGGCUUUUUUGUAAUUUUUUCCACAGUAUUUAAAGCCAAGAGCAAUAUUAAUAAUAGAUUGGAGAAAAAUUACUUUGUACAGUUAUCGGCUGUGCUUAAUUCAAGAACAUAAAAAAUCUAAAUUGUAGGUAACUGGAAUGUCAUGCUUCUUUUGUCGUGGGUUCUUUAAGUACUUUAGAGAAAUUACAUAGUGCUCAUGAAUUUGCUCAUAAGAAGCUUUGGUUAAUUUGAAAUUUGAGGGUUAGCAAGAAUGUAUAUGUACUGAACAAGUAGAUGUUUAACAAAUCUGAAUCUGUUAACUAACACAGACCUUGAUUGAUCAAAAUUAUAUUCUGUAUUGGGCUAGUCGUUGAGCAUUAAUUUACCAAAUAGGGCAAAAUUUGUUCAAGAUACAUGCACUAUCUUCUAGAGAUUAUGUACUCUUGGUUUAAAUACUUUCAUGUUCAUUAUUGAGAACCAACUAGCACUUUCAAUUUUUUUCUCAAACAAGAGUCAGGCUAGGUGUAUCAAGUGGCUGGGUAUAACUAUACAUGCACAGGUAUAUUUAUUUGAAAGAUACUUACUUUGUUGCUGUCUGAAUUAUGGGAGAAAUAGUACUACUAAAGUAAAUUUAGGAUUAGCCUUUUGAAAAGUCUUUUUUUAAAAAGUUAAAGGAUUAUCAUGGUGUAACUCACAUAAUUGCUUCCCUGCCAUUGCGGGAGCCUGAGGCACUUAGGUGCACCUUGAUCCCUUCUAGUAUCCCAUGGGAUGUAAUAUCCAAUGACCAAAAUUAGACCAACCAAAGUAUCAGUGUGUGGGUCCUGGGUGAUGCUGGUAUCCUCUGAUAUACAGGAGGUCAGACUAGUUGAUCUAGUGGUCCUUUCUGGCCUUAAACUGUACUACUCUAUAAACUAUGGAAAAGAUAUCUUAGCAAGAUGCUUGUUAGUGAAUUAUACUUUACAGUGGGGGAAUGCUUUUUCAAAAGUGUUCUAAUGAAACUAGGGGAAAGUCCCUUUUGGGUGGAGUAUAUUGUGUGCAUCUUGGAGAAGUCUUAAUAGCUUAAGAUGAAAUUUUUACUUUAAAAUGCCAUUUUGAAUUAGCAGGACUUGGGGAGUCUCCCAGAAGUCUGAUUCUUGCCCCAAGGAAGCUGAAUUCCAGAUUGUCAGAAUACAAUAGCUUCAGGUGGUGGUCUACUCUGAAAAAUGAUUGUACAAACAUGGCACCUUUAUUCUUAACAGAUCUUCAACCAGUUUGUAUUCAAAGUGUUACAUAUUUACUGUUCUGAAAAAAUAUUAUUUUACAUUCUUUGCUUAUAUUAGCCCCUCAAACCUUAGUGAACUGCCUUCUGUUCCUCCUUACACAUUGUCAACAGAACUAUUAACUAAAUUCUAAAUGCACUAUAUUUUGCCCUCCUUUUUCUCUACCCCACUGGAGGCAACAUGUACAGAAAGCAGAAUUUGUAGACACUGAUUGCACAGUUGUAAAGGAAGGGGGCACAGCUUGGAGAAAAUAGAUUCAUGUAAUUGAGGGCAGAAUCUGAGCCACGGUGUACUACUUACUGGUGAUGUAAACCAGAAUAACACAGCUUUAGUUUAUGUCCAUGUUGUCUGCGGGACUGGCAGUUAGAACAAUCAUGGUACAGUAAACUGAGCACAUUUAAUCUGAAAAUCAUUGAAACAUAAUAGACAUGAAACUCCAUCCUGCCACUUUGCAGACUACUGUAUAAAGAAUGAAAACAACUGCUAGCCAUGAGUUUCUUUUGGGAGUAACAUUUAAAAUAUUUAUUAAAGACGGUCUCUUUCUGCUCUUACCUUUCUUUUCCUUUUUACCCUGACAGUUUCUCUAUUGAUCUUUUUUUAUUGGGUGUUAAAACAAUGAUCUUGACAGCCAAUUUUAGUAAUACUUUCAUAGUAAUAAUUUCUGUGGCAGAAAAGGGUCAGUUUUCAUGUCUGCUUUAUUGCAGCAUGGUUUCAAGGCUUCAGAAUCAUAACCCUUCACUAACAGAAUCAACCUGGGUGUAAGGUUUGUUGAAUCCCAGAACACAGAACCGUGAUCUCUGUUUUUAUCAUUGAACUUGUUUCUGCUAGAGACUUGUUGGUACAGUUAGGCUUUUGGUCAUUUGAGCCUUACAUAUUGUAAGAUGAUUAGAGUGAUUUUUUUCAACUUACACAUUACAAGUGUUAAAAACAAAUUAUCUAUACUUCCAUCAGUGUGUUUGGAAUCUAUUGCAGUUUCUGUGCUUAUGUAACCUCUCAGGCACACACAGCUCAAACUGGAGUAUGUGUCUGGGGGAGGGAAAAAGUAAAGAGUGCAUGCACACAAAAUGAUGACAUGCAUACUACCUUUCCCAUCCACCAUUUUUUCUUUCCACAGUCAAAAGUAUGGAUAUAGUACAUCUGCCUUAUCUAUUCAAUUAGCGAAUAGAUUUUCAUGUUUUAUCAAAAAAUUAGUGAAUUGAGAAAUGAUCUCCUUUUAUGUAUUAUGGCAGUACAUGGUGUCUCUUCAGAAAAAUGAGAGGAUUUCAUCAGUGGUACUUUCUGCUACUAAAAAUGCCCAUUGCCAGUUGCAAAAGUUCAAAAAUCAUGAGUCAGAUGCCAAAAAAUUAUGAGGUUGGCUUAAAAACUAUAAGAUAUAUAAUAUCUUUGAUUCUGGGGGGCAAGGGUGGUCUUUUAGUUUCUGAGCUUUAGGGGCUUUUAGGUCACAAUUUCAAACUUUACUCCCAAGAAUGAGGGCUAGGAACUUAAGUGAAGGCUGAGAUUCUCACAUAAAGCCCCAUCUUCAAGAAAGAAGUGAUUAAAUAAAAUCAAAUAUUGCAAGACUCAUAAUGAAGUCGUAAGAGUUGCCAGUAUUUGAGUUCUCAAGUUAAAUAUGGACCUGAAUGCUCUGGAUCUGUUAAAAUACUUCAACUUCCUAUUAUUGUUAUCUGUCCUUCUGGAAAUUUAUUUGACUUGUUCUAGGUUCAUUUCAUUUUCUGUACACUCUCCCUGUUUGUUUCCAACUUUCAUAUAGGUCCAAAUUCUGGACCUCUGCACAGAUCUUAAAUAAACAAACGUUGCUCAGGGAAAGGUCCAUGGGAGUCAGGGAAGGGAACAUUUUUACCCUAUUGAGCAGCACCCAUUACACUUACUUUUCUCCAUGUAGGUGAUUAGACUGGUGGAGCCACAUAAUCAUUGUCAGACUGGCUAUACCCUUGCCCAUACCUCACCAUUCCUACCACCAGCCACUAGUCUGCACUGCUUUGGAGGAAGCCAGUGUGGAGUCAAGUUCAGUGCUGUCCAGAAUGCACAGGGUACAGAAGAAUCACAGUGAUUCCACUGACUAAGUUGCUGUGCUUCCAUUGAGAGGGAGGUAGGGUUUGUCCCAGAAUGAAUAACUAUUACAGUGAAUGAUGAAUUUUUGGUUUUGCCAUUUGGGAUAAAAUGUGAUGUUUUGUUGCCUGGAUGGUUGAGCAAGGACAGCACUUUUCAGAGAGAGACAGACUUCAGUGCAAUGCUAGAAUUGCCUCGGCAGGUAGAUGAUAUGCAUAUGGAGUUACUACUGUUUAUAAAGCUUAGAUGAAAGCAUUUGUUCCUCAAAACUCAAACCCUCAGAAUGUUUGUCCUGUAAGGGGGUGUGAUGCAGCUGACUCAGUUUUAGUUGUUUGACUAAUAGUAGUCCCCAUAAUUAAGUCUUUGACCAUCAGCCAUUAUGAAUACCUGCUCUGUUAUGAGCCCUAACAGUUAAUUCCUUGCUGCCUGGUGGUGAAGGAGACUUUUUUUUGUUUUGUCCAUUCCCACCUCAUCUGCUGAAUGAAACAAUCUCAUUUUCCUUCAAUCUUUCAUAAACGCUAGGUCUUCCUGGUGCCACUUUGUCUGAUACCAAGUACAAAGGUGGAGCAGAACCUAUUAACCUCCCUAAUGCUCUUGUUUAGUUACAUUUGGUACACACCACAUCUCCCCAGGUGAGGCAGUACGCUGUCCCACCUCCACGUGUAUAUGCUAUGACUACGAGUGUCUGAGUACAUCAACAUGCAUGCUAUCACAACAUGUAUUUUCACACUUAACACCAAUAGUGCUACCCCUACUGGUGGUCUCUUCAGCUGUAGUUGGCAUCUCUCUCAGUAUUCUUGAUGUAUGCAGCACCCACAUGUGUGUAACCGUCUGAACAGCACACUUGGUGUGAACCUGAUUACAACAGUAGCAAUGGCACACAUCCAGAGCCUCUUUGUUUAUCAGCAAAGUUCCUGAUCUAGAAAUUCAUUAAUCAAACAUCUACAAGUUUUUAAAUAGGAAAAAACAGCAGUCGCAUUUCAAGACCAACUAAUGUUUGGAUAGUUUCCAUAACUAUUUGAAUUUUGAUAAGAGUUUUAAAGAGCUACAAUUAGCAUUUAAAAUAUAUGUACAAAAAGUAUUUGUCUAGGGGUUACACAAACUUGAACAAGAUGUUAACAGAUCCUAAAAUUCUGGGAGAUUCUACUGAGUGCACUACAGAGAUACCUAUACUGCCUUCCUAGAAUACAAGUCACAGAACAAUAGUCUCAACUGUAAAUUUAGUAUUAGUAUACAGAACUUUAUUUUAGCAUUACGUUUUUCACAGAUAUAGCUCAGCUACCUCAACAGAUUAUCACAGUAGACGCUAACAAAUUUGAUUUUCAAGAUGGCUGCUUUUGUGAAAGUUUACAGUUUGAACUAACUGUAAACAGAUUCCUGAGUAACUCAUCAUGCACAAAGGAGUCAAAUCAUUCAAGCUUUAGUUGUGUUGUUCUUUUUAAAUCAAUUCUAUACAAGAAAAAGUGAUCUGUCUUAAAAGAGAACACUAUUACAGACUUGCUGGCCUGUUUGGUACAUCAUUAAUCUGACUAGCAGCAGGUUUUAGGGGAAAUUGUAUAACCUUAAUUUUAAUUCAUUUGGUUAUUCUAGUCAAAGCUUUAUUCUAAUUUCAAAGUGAGUGCAUGCAACCUGCAUUAAUACAAAUGAAGUUACUUGUGGAUACCAAAAUAUCCCUUAAUUUCAGGACACCAUCUCUAUUUUAAAUGCACUAGAAUUAAAAUGACAGCCAACCAGAAUGUUUUCCAUUUAGUCAAACUGAACUUUUUUGGCAUUUAAAAAUGUCUUAAUUUUCAUUUUCCUGUGCCUUUGGGUUUCUGGUUCCAGCCAGCUGCUAAAGUGUUGAAAUGCUGCCAAAGAGCUUAUGUUUGCACUAUUUCUGGCCCAAACAGAUUUAGGAAAUACCAGCAAUUGUACCAGAGUCCAUUCUCAUGAGAUUUCUAACACAAGUUUGUAGACUCAUGGGGUUAAGAUAAGCAUCUAAACAUGUAUUUGUUUAUCUUAAAUACUAAAUCUCUGAAGGUUUACUCAUUGCUAGAAUUAGGUCCCGGACUGAACUAGCAUUUCUAUGUUGUCUUUCAUUUCUAAUGGUCAGCUUUAGGGUAAGAAGUCUUAGACAAAGCAGUUGGAGAAGAUUGCAUUGUAGCUACCUAAAUUAUUUCUAGUCCUCUUCCGUUUCAGCUAAGUUUGUCCCUUAAUUUUCAGUCACAAAGCUUCUAUCUGAACAUUUUUAAAGAAGAAAAAAAAUCAGCAGUUAUUUAAAAGCACUUAAUAGUCAUUGUACUAUUUUAUAAUAAAAUUAAUGAAAUGUUGAGUAUGUCAUAAAAUUGGUACUUCAUUCAAAGCCAUAAUUCUUUAUUAAGGCUUGUUGAAUUGAAAGGCACAAUAUGAGGUUUGCCUGUACCUUAGUGCUAUUUUAAUAACCACAUUCAAAUUUGAAUAUCGGUGUUUAAUCAAGUUUGUUAACCCUCAGGUAGUGAAUGGUUAAAUUUACAAUAUGGAGGUUUGAACUAAGAUGACUGGUAUUGUUCGGUUUUAUCUUUUGUUUUUAAACUGAAUGUGAUAGUGUUUCUUUAAACUUCCAUUUGUAAAAUAUACAAAUAUAAUUGCAAGACAAACUUUUAGUAAAUUACACCACAAAAGCUUUAAAGAAAAAAUGUAAAUUAUUUAAGUGAAACACUAUGGGCCUGAUUUUGCAAACCCUUAGCCACAGUGUGAAUACUUGUUUGACUAAGGGCCGCAAGGUCUCAAGUUAAAGAUGCUAUUAAUUUGUUUGUGGACUUAAUUGCCAUAAACUGUAUAAAGGACUGUCAUGCUCCCUUGCCCUGGACUCUGCCUCAGUUUCCACUCCAUCUGUGGAAAUGAGUCCUGAGCCAGACUUUUACCAUUUUAGAGCCCACAUUCAGAGGAUUCCAAUAAGUAAACAGAAACUAACACAAAGAAACAGUCUCAGCGAAUAGUUUGUCUCUCUGGACUCUUGUUCUUCUCUUACUGAGAAAGAGUCAUGAACCACCCUACCACCUCAGCAUUGGCUGCUGUUCCCCAUCCACACUGGGGUUAUCAGUCUCUUGUUCCAAAUUGCCUGCGUUCACUAUUCCCUCCCCACAAACUAACUUCUUUUCAAAGGACUUUCCACCUUCCUGCUCCCCCCCUAGAAACUAGUUUCAAACUGCAGGCCUUUCCUGUCCAGAGGCACUCACCAGCUCUCUUUGCAAAGCUAAUAGGAUUUCUCCUACUGUCUCUCUUCUCUGAUAGUUUCCCCUCAGGCUUCUGCGUACUACUUCUAAGCCCCAGUUCAGUGUUUGCCCUCUGCUCUUCCUCAUGUAGGGUCCUUUCUAACCUGUAGAGAUCUCAAGCCUUCCCCAGAGAGAGAACACUCUUGGUUGCUUCCUUCUUAUACUACUCAGACAGUCUCCUUAUAGAGUUCAGCUGCUCCAUUACUAAUUUGGCUGAUGAGGCAUCACUUGGAGCACCUGAUUGCUCCAAAGUGUAGUUCACAGGGUGGUGGAGGGCAAGUUGGGCAAGUGUUGUGCAAAACUUUGGGACAUAUCAAUGCGUGACUAUUUGCAGUUGUAAACAAGGUUUGAAAAUAUUUGUAUGUAGAAUGUGGACUUCCUUUUAUUUCUCUUUUGAUACAAGUAAGUCUGGCACAGGAUAAGCUGUAGCUGUAAAAUAUUUAGUUAACAUAAUUAAGGUUUGUGGCUCAAACUCACCAAGGUAUAGGGUGGACUUCAGAACCACUUUCAUCUUUCCAUGCACUGCAGUAUUUUGUUUUAAUUACAAGCCUAGUCGGAAAACUAAAGAGAGGUUGUUUUUAUAUAAUUCCUGUAGAUCUACAUUUCUCUCAUAAUUUAUACUUAAAUUUUGUGAGUUGAUUUUUGGCUUAACAGGAAUAAAGCUGUCCUAUUGAUUUUGUUUAUAUACAAAAUAAUUUUGGUGCCACACACACUGAGGUUGAACUAUGAUUUCUUAGACAUUUCAAAAUAUGUAACUGACUAUACAAUGAAAACUAAGUAAUAAUUAAAAUAUGCAAUAACUUGGAAGUCAUUUAUUAAUUUUUCUGUAGAAACAUUCCUUUUUUCCUUAUGACUUUAGAUCAGUGGUUUUCAACCUUUUUUUUUUAAUUUUCGGACCCCUAAAAAAUUUCAAAUGGAGGUAUGGACCUCUUUGGAAAUCUUAGCCAUAGUCUGCAGACCCUUGGUGGUCCACUGACCACAGGAUGAAAACCGUGUUCUAUGGUAAAGACAACCUUUCGCAGUCCCCUUAGGUGUAAGUCCGCGGACCCCAGGGAGGCGGGAAACCACUGCUUUAGAUAUAGACUAAGACAAUCUAUAUAUAGGCCUUGAUUCUGCAUCCUGUGACUAAGGUAGAAUUCCAUGUUUGCAGGGAUCUCUUCUAGCAAAUCCUGAUGCAGGAUCAGGCCAUAGACACUAAGUUAAUUAUUUGUAAUGGUUGAAUUUUAUUCUGAAGAAUUCAAAAAUGACACCCAGAACAAACACAGUAUGUUCUAAUUGUUCUAGCCAUGAUUUAUAUUUGUUGCUGUUUUGUUUGCAGUACAUAAUAUCACAUCUUAUAAUGUUGGUGCAACUUUAAAAUUGUAGAUGAUAUAUUAUCAUCCAAGUCCUCUGUGUUCAUCGACGUGUCAAAUUUUUAUUAAGAACUUAUUUGUAAAAGAUAUACUAUGUUUUAUUUUGGUAAUCUAUUUUUCUGCACUGGAUUAACGGUCUGAGGCAGCAGUAAAGUAAAACCUGCGAAGAGCUACAUCAACUAUGUCAUGUUAUACUGUAACUGUAUAAUAGAUGUGUUUCCUGUUAACUAAAACCAUCCCAGGGGCAAGGUGCUUUUCUAAGCAAUAUCAAUGUGUUUAAUAGUUUUAUUAAGGCUUCUUUCAGUUUCUGAAUCUAUUUCAAUCCUGGCCUCUUGUACCUUUCUUAAGUUUGUCUGCCUGUCAGAUCACAAUUGCAGGGAAAGAUGUAAUGGAGCAACAGAAUAGUUAAUGCUGAAGACACAGGGCCAAAUCCUUCAGUCUUGCUGAUUUGCCAAGGUAAACACCAAGGUCCCAAUCCUCAACAACGUGAGAAGCCUGUACCCAUUGGGCCUACUUGCCUAAGUAAUGACUACUCACAGGAAUAUUAGUAGCAGGACUGGCCCUGAGUAAGGACUGCAAGAUUUGGCCCAAUUUAUUUAAUGUAAUGUAAGCAUUUUGGAGUAUAUGCUCCUCUUGCUAUGCAUGUUGGCUCCAAUUGUUACACACAUUUGAAAAAUCCUGACUCAUAAUUGCUGUAAAAAGUUACAUGGUGACUCUGAAUGUUAUCGUUUACCUUCCGGAGGUUAAAGUACUUGGGUUUGGAACAAUGUUAACCAGCUGAAACACUGACAGUAAGCAAAUGGGGCAUCCUAAUUGACUGCAUAUGAGUUCAGUAAAAGUAGCCACUAUCUGUUGUUUGUUUUUUUCCCCCUAACUUGGCUUUGUAAGAAGAUUUCUGUAAUAAAAUUGCUGGAUUUGUAUACAAGUCAACUUCAAAUACAUCAAAGCUGUACUUUAAUACCGCUGACAUAUUUACAUAACAUAGGUAUAUUUUGCCACAUGGAAGCCAGGACUGCCUUCAUUGAGGCCCCACCACUUCGUACUGCCUUCUGCUUUCCACGCUAAUAAAGCAGAAUGGUUAUUAACUAGUCUUGAUGCCAUGUCCCUGACCCCCCUCUCCCCCCCCCCCCCACACACACACACUGCCAGUAUUCCCUGACAUUUCUACUCAGGAAGCUUCUACUAAUCAGGGUGGCUAAUGCUCAACUAGCCAGCAUUACCUGAAGGGGGAAAGGGAAGAAUGAUGCCAUGGAAAGAGGCUUUCAUGCAUUCCCACUCCUGGAGUUGAUUCCCCCAGGGUGAGUGUGUAAGGGGAGCAUGCUGAUGAGCCAGGAUUCCAUUAUGUCCUUGAACCACAGACAGCUAUUAAGUAUUCCCCUUGGCUUGCAGAAGUGGAACAGAGUGUUUAAGGCUUGAUUUAUUUCUUUGGUAAUUACAGAGAAGUAGUCAAAGUUGUAGUAUUACUGAUUUCACAAAAGAAACGUCAUCAAACAGUAAAGAUCAGUUUUAUUGACUUCUCAAAUGAUCUACAUUGCAGAUUAAAAGUAGUGAAACAGGAGUAGAAACAGCUGUUGAAUGAUUUUUUUAUUAAUGUAACACACCAAUGUACUUGCAUAGUGGUGUUCAUUAUAAUUUUUUAGAAUGACCUAUAGUAUCCAAUGUGGCACAAAAAAAUUAUCACUUUUUUGUCAAUGCUGCCGUUAAUUAAAAUCCUUACCUGUGGGGGGUCAUAAGUGGUUAAUUCAGCACAAAUAUAAAAAACAUUUUAUGUCAGGGUUUCCUGUUGUCUGUCAAACUUUUCUUGGGUGCCUUUUACUGUAUUAAAUGUACAAAAGUGUAGUGAAAAAUGUAUCAAACUCAUUAGUAGCAGAUAUUGCUAAGUGCAGAGGAGUCAAAAAUAAUUGUCAUUGAGUGAUUGUCUUCCUGUAAAGUAUCAGUAACUCAGGUUAAAUCCCCUAGUACUUUUUAGUCACAACAGUGCAGGUGAUGUUUUAAAAGAGGGAAUGGAAAGCCCUGGUAACAUAUGGACUUGUGGGAAAGAUACAGUUAAGAGGUCUUUUGCACUUCUACAAGAAAUUUUUUUUAAUUACUAAAUAAAGGAUUCUGAAUGUUUGUUCUAAAAUCAACAGACUGGAAACAGACAUGUAAAUUGAGUUACUUUUUUCCAAUUUUUAUUUUACAUUCUGAUUUUUCUCUCUUUAAGAAUAAGGGAUUGAGCUGAUUAGUGAUUGUGUCAUGACUUGUAAGAACCGUAUGCGCUUAAAAAGUCAUACUGUAAGACUGAUGAAUGUAAAGAUGGUUAAUUUAAAGCUAUGGUUUUGCCUUAAUAGUUCAAAAAUAAAAUAUUUUUUAAAAUUGGA